UUGGUAAGUACAACUUCUCCGUAAAUUUUAACUUUGAAAUUUUUCCGAACGUUUUCAACUUUGAAAAAUUUUUUUUGAACGUUUUCAACUUUGAAAAUUUUUCCGAACGUUUUCAACUUGAAAUUUUUCCGAACGUUAUCAACUUUGAAAAUUUUUCCGAACGUUUUCAACUUUGAAAUUUUUCGGAACAUUUUUCAACUUUGAAUUUUUUAUUUUAUUUUAACAUUUCGGUUUCGCGUGUGUGUAUGCCUCUGCUGCGUCCUUCACUCAGUCAGCAAGCCUAACAGCUGGCCACUGGGUGAAGGCCGCUGCUGAGCCAGCUGGUACGUGACGUGGUGAUAACACCCGAGCGAGCGCGCACGGCUGACGCGACGCCCGCCGGCUCCCCGGCCAGCCGGCCGACAGAGAGAAAGUAGAAACAAUAAUAAAAAAAGAAGCAAGGCGUACGCACGAGGAGUAGUAACCGUCUGUUUUCCAAAAAUUUUUAAGAAAUUAUUACAAUUUCCGACUCGUAAUUUUUUGAGUGUGUUUAUUCUUUAUUCACGUCCAAGAUCGGUACUGUUUAGAUGAUGUGUGCGAGUGGAACUGUUUUAGAUGUUACGUCUGCGUUAGGUUCAGUAUUAAUAUUUUACAGUCGUGAUUAUUACAAUUUUUUUUUCUAGUCGAAAUUAUUAGAGUCAUCAGUAGCAGUAUAUUACAUCUUGAAAUAAUAUGUUUUCCCCUGGCAUACAUGUUAGUUAUUAUUCAUGCAUGAACGACUUAGCUGGAAACAAGAUGGAUGCCGUGCAUACCCGUGUCCUACCGACGGGGUAGCGCGCAGAGCGUGCCCUCCCCCUUCCCUGCUUCUCCCCCCAACCCUAAGUGCACGGAGCGAUGUUUCCGUCGCGUCCUGCAGCUUACGUCUGGCUAGUUACCGCGCACCGCCGCAUGGGGUGCUCAAGUCGCCCUGCCUGCCCCCCUCGCCAGGCCCAAAUAAAUAACAGGUGCAUGCGUACUUGCUGUUAAUAAUCAAAUAGAAAAAUAAAUUUGUUUCAUAAAAAAAUAGAAAAAAAUUUAAAAAAAACUAAAUACAAAAAUAUACCAAAAAAAUACGAGUAACUUACUAUUGUAGUACAUUUCGUAAAAAAUACUGUAUGUGUUGCAGGUAUUCAGUGCUUCUCCUUGCGUCGAGCUACUCCCCAGUGUGAUCCGCUUGGAGAACGCCUGUCUGCCCUCUGGAGUCCUGCACCGUUCCUCUUCGAUUCCAAUCAGUUACAGUGUGCUGUACGACGUUCCAGCCCUCCUCGUUGUGCGUGCGUGCAGUACACACAAAGUCGUUCCUGUGUUCUUCUGACUUCAUCAUGAAGAGGACUGCGUCUGGUGUCCCCGUGGCAGCCGGCCAGCCCUCGACAUCGGGAGCCCUCCAGCCCUCGACAUCGGGAGCCGUCCAGCCCUCGACAUCGGGAGCCGUCCAGCUUGUGUCAUCUCAGGUAUGUGCACCGUCAUCAGGGAAUGGGUGUGCCUACUGUGGCAAAGGGUUUACCAAUACCCAAAAUGCCAGACGGCAUGAGCGCAUCUGCGCAGCUAAUCCUGGCCGCACUGUUAACAACCAGUGCCAUACUUGCGGCAUGACAAUAAGCCGCAAGGACAGUUUGGCCCGCCAUAUGAGAACGUGUGAGGGCACCAUCGAGCACAGCUCAGGCUCGAGGUGCAUUCACUGCGGGCAACAAUUUGAACAUAGUCGCCAUGCCAGACGACAUGAAAAGAGCCAGUGCCUGUUCAAUCCCGAGCGCAUAAAAUUUACAUGUACGAAAUGCCAGGGCGAGUUUACUCGAAAAGACAAUUUAUUGACGCACAUCAAGACGUGCAAUGGCCUGGCCGCUAAGAGACGGUGCGUAGUCGUGACCUCCGGCCUGCAACAGCCCGGCCCCAGCACUCGUCUGCAAUACGUGGCGAGUGUGCCCGACCAGGCACAGCGAGACUUGGAGGCGCAAGCACCUGACCAGGCUCAGGUUGACUUGGAGGCAGGUGGUUCCGGGUUCGUUGAGGCGGAGACUGCGUUCCGUCGCAACCUAAAGACCUUAGUGGCAGUCAACAAUGGUGCGACAAAAGAUAUUUGCACGUACCUGGGCGAAAUGAAAUAUAACCUAAUAAAUCGCAUUUUCCAGGAAGUAUGUGAAAAUGGCCCAGUGAAGUUCAAUGUAUGGCUUGAAUGCGAUUAUGCCAAGCCCGCUCCUUUCGAUGAAGGUGUAGACAAGAGGGCAUUCAAGACGAAGAAUGUACCCAUCUACGAAGAGAUCGACAUUGAAGAGGCAGUAACAGAAUGUAUUGAGAAAAUAUGUAGGGAUGAGGACGAAUAUGUCAGUAAAGGCUCGGGGUGGACUCUGUCUGCAGUAAAGAAAAUUCAGUUCCGUUUCAACAAGUUAGUACCUCUUCGAGUCGUCUCCUACAUUGAUCUGCCUGCCGUCAUCAAGAACCGUGAAGCAUGUAUAAAUCCCAUGAACCUGGAACACAACGAGUGCUUCAAGUGGGCCAUACUGGCGCGAUACGUGGAGGGGGUGAGUCCUCAACGUGUGGACAAGUGCUACCACGACCUGGAGGGAAAAUUUGAUUUUUCAGGAUUGGAGUUCCCUACCCCCCUCCACCAAAUCAAAGUGUUUGAGCGAAACAACAAAGAAGUGUCUGUCAACGUCUACAACAUUGACGAGAACGACAAGAUCGCGCCAGUGCGUGUGGGGAAGGAAGAAAAACGACAUCAUUUCGACCUCCUGCUUCUGUCGAACGAAGAUAGUAACUCUCAUUUCUGCUAUAUUAAGAACUUCUCAAGACUCGUCAGGCCUCAGAUCACUGCCCACACAGAAAAAAUCCAUGUCUGCAAGAGAUGCUUCACGUACUAUCACGAUUUGACACGAGAUUCAGGGCUGACAGGGCAGCAGUGUCUCGUUGCGCACAAGAAAUUCUGCAACACCCAUGCUCCCGUGCGCGUCGAGAUGCCUAAAGCUGACAAGAACGGCCAGCCCCCUGUCAUGGAAUUCAAAAAUUACCACCACAUUUCAAAGAUGCCCAUCGUCGUUUACGCAGACUUUGAGGCCAUGCUCGUGCCCAUCUCAUCAUGCCAGCCGGACCCCCAGCAAUCGAGCACACAGGCCUACCAGAAGCACGAAGCCUUUAGUUAUUGCAUAUAUGUAAAGGUAGAUACUGAUGUGAUCCCAGCCACGCUCACCGCCUCGCUGCCACAAGAGCCGAUGCUAUACAGGGGGCCCGAUGCUGAAGCAAAAUUCGUGGAGGACAUAGUCAAUAUUGGGAAUCAGGUGAAGGAAAUAUACGAGACCAGCCUGCCCAUGACGCCGCUGACGGCUCAAGAGUAUGCCAGAUUCGCCGCAGCCCAACAGCGCUGCUACUGUAAUGCGGUAUUUACCAUGGAAAAUUAUAAAGUCAAGGACCACGACCACUUCAGUGGAAAGUACCUUGGUGCCGCCUGCAACAGCUGCAACCUUCUGCGCAGGCGACCCAAGAAGCUUGUUGUGUACUUCCACAACCUGGGUUAUGAUGAAAAGUUUAUCAAGAAACUGGGCUACGACAACAAGGAAAUAUUUAUUAUUCCCCACACGCAGGAAAAAAUGAUAACAUUUUCGAAAAGUCUGGGCAACAAAUUCUCAGUACAGUUUAUUGACACAUUCAGGUUCAUGGCACGAAGUUUGGCGUCCCUCGCGUCGUACCUGCCAGCCGACAAAUUCAAAGAGACUUCAAAAAAUUUCACAACAGAAGAAAUGUCCCUCGUCACGAGAAAGGGUAUAUUCCCCUAUGAUUAUGUUUCCAGCUGGGAGAAACUGGACGAGCCACAACUGCCUGCAAAGGAAGAUUUUUACAAUAUAUUAAAUUAUAGUAACGUUAGUGAUGCAGAUUAUGAACAUGCGCAGGCGGUGUGGAACAAGUUCGGCUGUGUGACCCUGGGUGACUACAGCGACAGAUAUUUAAAGACGGACGUGCUGCUUCUUGCAGACGUUUUCGAGAACUUUCGUCAGCUCUGUCUCGACACGUACGGGCUUGACUGCAGUCACUACGUCAGUUCCCCAGGGUUCACAUUCGACGCCAUGUUGAAACAGACGCAAGUACAGCUGGAGUUGAUGAUCGACUACGACAUGUACAUGUUCGUCGAAGCUGGGAUCAGGGGUGGGGUGGCACAAGUGGUCAAGCGCCACUGCAAGGCCAACAACGUCUGCCUUCCCCGCACCUACGAUCCCAGCCAGUCGUCGAAGCACAUACUCUAUCUGGACGCCAACAACCUCUACGGAUGGGCCAUGUCGCUGCCGCUGCCAGUCAGAAGCUUCAGGUGGGUGGGCACGGACAUUGACGUGAUGUCGAUACCUGACGAGGGGCAGACGGGCUACAUCCUAGAAGUUGAUGUGGAGUAUCCGUCUGCCCUCCACGAGGAACAUAAGGACCUACCGUUCCUGCCUGUCAGCCAGUGCCCACCCGGCUCGAGUCAAACUAAAUUAAUGACAACUCUCGAGCAUAAGGAAAAUUAUAUAAUUCAUUAUACAAACCUAAAGCAAGCUCUCCAGCACGGACUGCGAAUUAAGAAGGUGCACAGAGUCCUGGAAUUCAAGCAGCGUGCCUGGAUGAAGUCCUAUAUUGAAAAAAAUACAUUAAAGAGACAACAUGCUACUAAUGAUUUCGAGAAGGAGUUUUUCAAGCUGGCAAAUAAAUCCUGUUUUGGCAAGCUUAAAGAGAAUAAAUUCAAGCGGCAGCGUAUGGAGCUCGUAUGCAGCGAGGCAAGGCUCCGAAAAGUGAUUGCCAAUCCAGCGUUCCAGGACCGAACCAUUUUGGACGAAGACUUGUCGCUAAUAAAACACCAACAUGAGAAAAUAUAUCUUGACCGCCCUAUAUAUGCGGGGUUCUCGGUCCUGGACUUGUCCAAAACGCUCAUGUACAAUUUCCACUAUGAUGUGAUGAAACAGAAAUAUAAGGACAACAUUUCGCUGGCGUACAAGGAUACGGACAGUUUCAUCUACGAAAUCAAAACGCGCAAUUUCUACCAGGACCUGGCCGACGACUCUGCGCUCAUGAGUGUAUUUGAUACGAGCGCGUAUCCCAUUGACCACCCCUGCUACUCACCCACCAAUAAAAAAGUGGUGGGUAAGUUCAAGGAUGAGUGCAAUGGGGUGGUGAUGGAGGAGUUUGUCGGCCUCAGAGCUAAAUAAUAUAUGUACAGAUAUGGGGAAAUGAUUACAAAGAGAGCAAAAGGAAUUCAGAAAUGUGUAGUGAAAAAUAAAAUAUUAUUUGAAUAUUUCCUCGAGGUCCUGGAAGAACACACAACAAAGCGCGUAAACGUCCGGUCCAUAAGGUCGCACCAAAUGGUAUUGUACACAGAAUGUACGAAUAAAUUGGCACUCUCAUAGCACGAUGAUAAGCGACGAAUAUGUGAUGAUGGUAUACACACAUUACCAUAUGGGUACAAUGGUUAAUGUUAUUUUAACAAUACCGCAGUAUUUAUGUAAAAAUGAAUUUGAUUGCAAAAAGGUUUUUUUUCCCCUUCCACAAAAAAAAAAGCAACUGAACAAAUAACAUGAAAUGUUGAAACUGGUGUCUGUGCUCGUACGUUUCGCGCAGUGUUCUCGGACGGUGUCCCAGGCUGUUGUGGUAGCCGAGAAGAAGACCCUGACGGGAAUCUGUACCGUGAUGUACGAGUAUGGGACUAGUGUUUGCCACUUGGUAGCCACCCAUGUCUCUGUUGAUUUGGUGUACAUAGCCUUCGUCGAUGGAUUUUUCAUCGUUGGUUUCCUGAGUCCGCUCGUUGUAUUUAUGUUGCACCUACACUGUUUCGUGGUGCUCUUUUUUUUUGUUUUCUUUGCACCUAGAGUUUUGGUUUUCUGGUGCUAUUUUUCCUUGAUUUUUUGCACUCCACGCUGUUUCGUGGUGCGAUUCGGUUUUUUUCAUGCACCUACACACUGUUUCGUGGUGCGAUUCGUUUUGUUCAUGCACCUACACACUGUUUCGUGGUGCUUAUUUGGUUGGUUGGUUGGGUUGGAAGUGGCGGUGUUUUGCAUCCUCGUUGUUUGCGAUGCUGCGCUCUCUUGGUUGGUUGGUUGGGUUGGAAGUGGUGGUUUUACUCACCCUCGUUGUUUGUGGUGCUGUGCUCUCUUGGUUGGUUGGUUAAGAUGGAAGCGGUGGUUUUAUGCACCUACGAUGUUUGUGGUGUUAUGUUUUUUGGUUGGUUGGUUGAGUUGGAAGUGGUGGUUUUAUGCACCUGCGUUGUUUUUGUGGUGCUGCGCUUUUGGUUGGUUGGUUGGGAUGGAGGUGGUGGUUUUAUGCACCUACGAUGUUUGUGGUGCUGCGCUCUCUUGGUUGGUUGGUUGGGAUGACAGUGGUGGUUUUAUGCACCUACGAUGUUUGUGGUGCUGCGCUCUCUUGGUUGGUUGGUUGGGAUGGCAGUGGUGGUUGGUUGGUUGGUUUUUAUGCACCUCCGAUGUUUUUGUGGUGUUGCGCUCUCUUGGUUGGUUAAUUGGGAUGGCAGUGGUGGUUUUAUGCACCUAUGAUGUUUGUGGUGCUGCGCUCUCUUGGUUGGUUGGUUGGGUUGAAGGUGGUGGUGUUUUGCAUCCUCGUUGUUUGUGAUGCUGCGCUCUCUUGGUUGGUUGGUUGGGAUGACAGUGGUGGUUUUAUGCACCUACGAUGUUUGUGGUGCUGCGCUCUCUUGGUUGGUUGGUUGGGAUGGCAGUGGUGGUUGGUUGGUUGGUUUUUAUGCACCUCCGAUGUUUUUGUGGUGUUGCGCUCUCUUGGUUGGUUAAUUGGGAUGGCAGUGGUGGUUUUAUGCACCUACGAUGUUUGUGGUGCUGCGCUCUCUUGGUUGGUUGGUUGGGUUGAAGGUGGUGGUGUUUUGCAUCCUCGUUGUUUGUGACGCUGCGCUCUCUUGGUUGGUUGGUUGGGUUGGAAGUGGUGUUGUUUUGCAUCCUCGUUGUUUGCGAUGCUACGUUUUUUGGUUGGUUGGUUGGGUUGGAAGCGGUGGUUUUAUGCACCUACGAUGUUUGUGGUGUUAUGUUUUUUGGUUGGUUGGUUGGGUUGGAAGUGGUGGUUUUAUGCACCUACGAUGUUUGUGGUGCUGCGCUCUCUUGGUUGGUUGGUUGGGUUGGAAGUGGUGGUGUUUUGCAUCCUCGUUGUUUGCGAUGCUGCGCUCUCUUGGUUGGUUGGUUGGGAUGGCAGUGGUGGUUGGUUGGUUGGUUUUUAUGCACCUCCGAUGUUUUUGUGGUGUUGCGCUCUCUUGGUUGGUUAAUUGGGAUGGCAGUGGUGGUUUUAUGCACCUACGAUGUUUGUGGUGCUGCGCUCUCUUGGUUGGUUGGUUGGGUUGAAGGUGGUGGUGUUUUGCAUCCUCGUUGUUUGUGAUGCUGCGCUCUCUUGGUUGGUUGGUUGGGAUGGAAGUGGUGGUUUAUUGCAUCCUCGUUGUUUGCGAUGCUGUGUUUUUUUGGUUGGUUGUAUGGGAUGGACGUGGUGGUGUUUUGCACCUACGUUGAUUUGUGGUGCUGCGCUCUCUUCGUUGGUUGGUUGGGAUGGAAGUGGUGGUGUUUUGCAUCCUCGUUGUUUGCGAUGCUGCGUUUUUUUGGUUGGUUUGAUGGGAUGGACGUGGUGGUUUUAUGCACCUACAUAGUUUAUGGUGCAAUACAUAUUUUUUUUUACACUCAUGCAUUUUACACUAAUCUGUUUAUUUACACUGAUGGGUUUUUUUACACUGAUGCGUUUUUUUACACCAAUGCGUUUUUUUACACCGAUGUAUUUUUUUAUGCAUCGAUGGGCUCCUUACGCCGAUGGUGUCAAGACGAUGGGCUCCUAACAUCGAUGGUGUCCUACUGAUGGGGUCAUGACGUUGGGCUCCUUACAUCGAUGGUGUCAUGUCGAAAGUGUGAACGCUGGACUGUUACGCCGCUGGGUUCCGCAGUCGUUGGCAUGCAAGAUUUCGGCGUUGUGUGUCAACGCUGGACUGUUACGCCGCUGGGUUCUACAAUCGUUGGCAUGCAAGAUUUCGGCGUUGAUACAUCGUUGUUACUGGUCAAUUUCGACGUUUGUAUGUGACAUAUGAUAGUUUAAGCACGUGCUUUGUGUCAAUGUAUCAUAUGCUAGUUCUUUCUGGUAGGCUUGCAUCGUUGUAAUGGGCCACGGCUAAAUAGAGACGUUGUUCAUAAGUACUUGACUACAUAUGUGACGUAUAUUGCAUAUGGAGGCAAGGGGCUUGUGCGUGUCCAGCCUGUUUAGCGGUGUCGGUCUCCAGCCUGUUCCAAACACAGAGAGCUGCGAUGCAAGCUUUUUGUUUGAGUGACUAAUAUUCUAUUUAAGUAUUUUAGCAGGUGAGCAGUUGCUGAGAUGGAGAGAGUUCGACGUGAGCAGGAGGAGAGAGCUGGUGAGAUGGAGAGAUGGCGGGACGAGCAUGGGGCUGCUGGGAGAGAGAGAGGAGGAGACCUGCGCAUCUACACUCUCACACAUGUCAAAUAAAAUAUGGAUAUAUUCAAUUGUAUAUGUUAACGAAAAUAUAUCUGUAAAAUAUUUUGAA